AUGGGCCCAGAAGCCCGUGCCCUGCCUUAUCCGCUAAGUAAUCGGGCCCGGAUUUCCAAGUUUCUUCAAAUGGCGAAUUGGCAACAGCCAGGUUUCUCCAAUGAAGCUUUAAACAAAAUGUACUCGGAGGUUCAGCAAGAGCUUUCCCAAACGGGGCCGCCCAAGCGGGUUGGAAACUAUGAAAUCAUGAGGAAGGUCGGAGAGGGGGCCUACUCCAAAGUGUACCUGGCGCUUCAUGUUAUCACUCGACACCAAGUGGUUUUGAAGGACACCAUCAAAGACCAGGUGAAUUUGGCAGGUGAGAUUGUGCAUUUACGCACGUUUCGGCACCCGCACAUUGCCAGGCUGUACGAGAUCAUUGUGCAGAGCGACCGUGUUUGGCUGGUCAUGGAGUACUGCGCGGGUGAGGAGUUGUACUUGAACCUGGCACGCCAUGGCCCCUUCAACAUCGUUGUCGCCAGAAGGAUGUUUACACAGCUAGUCGGCGCUGUAGCCUAUGCCCAUAUGCAGCAGUGUGCCCACAGAGAUCUGAAGCUGGAGAAUGUUUUGCUGGACAACGAGCUGAAUAUCAAGCUGGGCGACUUUGGGUUCACCAGAAGCUAUCAAUCAAAGAGCAUGCUUGAUACUGUCUGCGGCACAGAACCGUAUAUGGCGCCAGAACUGCUCCUCCAAAAACGGUAUAAUCCCGAGGCGGCCGACGUUUGGUCUUUGGGGAUUAUUUUCUAUGCUAUUUUAUUUGGUAAACUGCCGUUCGAUGAAGACAAUGCUGCAGAAACCCGCAACCGCAUCAUAAACUGCGAGCCCGAUAUGUCGGGUCCUGCUCCUGAUGAUCUCAAAGAUCUAAUAAAGAAAAUGCUCUGCAAAGAUUCUCGCCAACGCCCUCGAUGUGCUGACUUACUUCGAAGUGAGUGCUUUGGUGCCGAUGGUGAAAUUCAAAUGAAUCUGUUGUCUAGGCCCGCUCCUCAGCCUUUUCAAAGCCGCCAGGAACGUGAGAUUUUGAAGGCAAUGCGGGCUCUCGGAAUGGAUUUAUCAGUUGUCGCCGAAUCAAUCAAUCAGAUGAAAUGCGAUCCAAUUCAUGGCAUAUUUUACACGGCUCUCGACAAAGCAAUGCUGGGCGAGUCGCGACUGACUCGUCGGCAUUCAGAGUCUUCAUCAUUGCGACAUGUGGCUCGGGCCGCCAGGGCUAUACUUCCUCGUCGCUCUUCAGAGAGAGAAAGGGAACCCUCAAUUGUUCAAGCCCAACCAGAUCUUUCUGCUCGUCCCCGUCUGGACACAGCGGUUAGUGCCCCCCAAUCACAACGAGAAGUCGAACCGCAACGAGAGUCUGAGUCCGCAAAAGGUCGUUUGCGCCGAUUGCUUCACUCAAUGAUUCCUCGGGGUGAAAACAGGUACCUCAAUGUUCCUGCUCUGGCUGCUCACCAGGAAGUCUCGCCCGCCAGUUCCCAACCUUCUGAAACCCAGACUCCUUUGCAGUCAGAAGUAUCAGUUUUGGUGACUGAAACUCUUCCUGGCGGACGGGGGCGAGCUAUGUCUCAAAUGUCUCAACUGUCUGCUUUAUCUGCUUUAUCUAGUACGUCCAAAGACACGUUGGACCAGCUGAAUUUCAGAACGAGCUCAAUCCCCCACGAGUCUGAAAAGUAUGUCGCUCGUCUCUCCCCAGUUCCUAAUAAGCUCAAGCGCCGAUUGUUUCCUCAGGUGGAACCUCUAAAAGAAGAGUAA